CACUCAUUCAUUAAUUCCUCUACUAUCACGAUUCACACCGUGCCUACAUCGCUCCACACAUAAUCCUGGCAGCGUCACAUACUGCAUAACAUGUCAACCCGCCGCGGCGGCGGAGCUGCUACCAAAGAUAAAAAACGACGCGCAUCCAAGCUCGCAAAAGAAAACUCUAUCAGCGCAGAGGAAGAACUCGAAAUCAAGGAAGCAUUCCAGCUAUUUGCAAACAAAAAUGCCGAAUUUCAAGACGAAAAGGAGGGUGUGAUGCAGACAGAAGACGUGCGUCGAGCACUGGUUGCUCUCGGUCUCCCGCCUGACUCUUCCUCAGAGUUAUCCUCCAUAAUUUCCGCCGUCGAUCCCACCUCAACGGGCUUCGUGACGUAUGAAGCGUUUGUGUCCGUGGCAGCUGCCAAACUGCAUAUGCGCAGUGAUGAGUCGCUUGCGGCCGAAGUCGAUGCUGCGUAUCGGUUGUUUACGAAGGGGUCAGAUGGGCCGAUCACGGUGCAACAUCUGCGAAGGAUUGCGCGUGAUUUGAAGGAGGAUGGGAAUGUUGGGGAUGAUCUACUAAAAGAUAUGAUUCGGGAGGCGAAUGGGGGUGAUAAUUUGCAGAGGGGGGUGACGUUGGAGCAAUUUCGAGAUGUUAUGUCUAGAGCUGGCGUUUUUUAGGGUUUCAGUUUCCUGCUGCAUUUGAUGAUGGGUGUGAUUCAUUUGGUGUUCGGUUUUGGAAAUGGUGGGCUGCUUGUAAAAACCAUUUGGAUGCAUGUCUGGAGUUUGGACUGUGUUUGUCUACAGGAUAAUUUCUUCUAAUGCACAUACAUUGAUGCUAGCUAAAGCU